GCGUGCAAAUGUCUCGAGAAGUUCCUCAUGUCAAAUUCAUUUUCCCGAAUGCCCCUGUUCAACCAGUAACUAUUAAUGGUGGCGCUGUAAUGCCUUCAUGGUACGAUAUUAUGUCGUUAGCUGAUCAUAAUGUUAUGUUGAACGCACGCGAAGAUGAAAAAGGAUUGCUAGCAUCAAUUGCAGCAG